AGUCUCGUCCUCCGGCCUGAGCGGCGCCGCCCCGCCUCUGGAGCAUUUGGUGGCCAGGACUUGACUUGAGCGGCUUUUCACUGCGUGGACGCCCGAAUGGUGUCUCCUCUGAUCACUACUUCAACCCUUUUUUCUUUAGGGUUUUAUUCCGGUCUUUUUGGUUGUGUCCGUGCUUGUACCCAGAUUGCUGGGGCCUGUGGUUUUGCAUUCCAGGCAGAAACAGUGAUCUAGAGGCCAACAAGAACGGAGUUUGAGACCUAGAUUGAAAUUGGUUCCAGAAUCCAGGACCCAAACACAGGACCAUGGGGCCCCAGCAUCUCAGCCCCAUGCAACUGCUCUGUCUCCUGGGGGCCAUUUCCUCUCUGCCUUGGGCUGAAGCUCUUCUGUGCUAUGAAGCGACAUCUUCGCUCUUCAGAGCUGUAGGUCUCCAUAGGUGGCAAUGGUUUCUGUUGAGGAGCAUGGUGUGUAAACUGAAUGAGGGCUGUGAGGAGACGCUGGUGUUCAUCGAGGCAGGGACCAGAAGGGGAAUCCUGGGUUUUAAAGGCUGCAGCCCAGCCUCAUCUUACCCCCCGCAAGUCUCCUACCUGGUUCCGCCACCUGGAUUGUCCGUCGCCUCCUAUAGCCGGGUCUGCCGGACCUAUCUCUGCAAUAACCUCACCAACAUGGAUGCUAUAUUGCACCUCAAGGCCAGGACUCCCAAGACUUUAACAUCUUCUUCCCACAGUUGCCCAACUUGUGUGGGCGAGCACUCUAAGAGCUGCCUCCCAAAUUUCGUCUCCAGUGAGUCUUGCCCCAGAGACGCUACUAAGUGUUACAGUUCCACAGUGAAACUCCAGGCAGGGUUUCUCAAUACCACCUUCCUCCUCAUGGGCUGUGCGCGUGAACAUACCAGUGUUUUAGCCCAUUUUCACCAUAUCGGGAGCAUCAGAGUGACUGAGGUCGUCAACGUCAUAGAGAAGGCCCUGUUCACUGGUGCAGGGACCCCUUGUCGGAGUCCUUCUUGGGGCAUCCUCUUAGGCCUCCUCUUUGCCUUCAAGGGCUGAGGAUCUAGCUGGACCAGGCCAACACCCCUCCCUUUUCACAGAGCCAAAUAAAGUUACAGAGUUGCA